CACAAACAAACACCAGAAGAGCAUCAGACAUCCACAACUUCAACUCAUUUCAUUUCAGGUGAGAUUUGUCUUAGAAUGGAAAGCAGCAAGAUCAUCUCCACUGAAAAAGCUACAGUCGUCAUCCAAAUAAAUCCACAAGUGACACAACAUACUGUUAAUAGUGAUGAUGGACAGGAGGCCAAAGUAUUACAUCACAAUACGCCUCUUCAAGGAUUUUUCAAAUCUCAACCAAAGGCACUGGGGACUGUCCAGAUUAUGAUUGGAGUAAUAGUCUUCUUACUUGGUACUGUUCUCACCUCCAAUGUGCGCUAUCAACCUACAAUUGUGGUCUUUAGUGGAAUCACCUUCUGGGGAUCUUUCAUCUACAUCAGUGCUGGAUCUCUGUCUGUUGUUGCUCAGAAUCAUCUUCAUCUGUGUGUGGUGAAAGCGUCUCUUGGAAUGAAUGUGCUCAGUACCGUUACUUCAGGGAUAGCCAUUAUUCUGCUAGGCAUAGACCUUGGUCUACUGACCUCUCAUUUAUGUGACUAUUCUUCGUACCAUAAAUAUGAUGCGAUCUGUGAAUUUCAUGGGGGGAUUCUUGGAAUUUUGCUGAUCUUCUCCCUCCUCCAGUUCGUCAUCUCCAUCUGUAUCUCAGGAUUUGCCUGUAAAGCCACCUGUAACAGUAGCUCAGUGGUCAAUGUGGUAUUAAAUCAAGCCAUUUAGCAGCAAUCAUGCAACAACAAGAUUCAAAGUCAAGGUUUUAGGUUUAUGGAUCUUGUUACACUGAGUAUCUCUCACAACAGAGCAAUAAGAUGCAUCCAAGAAUUUAGCUCCAGAAUAGAUCAAACACAUAAGCAAGAUUUUCUGAAUAACUAAAGAAUUCCAAGAAAGUUUGUUUGAUCAGAGGUGCAGCUCUACUCAUUGCACGUUGAAAUUUAUUUUAAAGCAAAACAUUAACUUGUUAAUACUCAAUCCUGAUUUUUUUGUCUGUCUUUUUUUUCUGAUCAGCUUUGUGUGGUAGAAAAAUGCACAAUGGUUCAUAAUUUGCAAUAUGUUAAACUGUUUUUGAGUAUUACUAUAACAUUUUCUUAGGAAAAUUGUAUUUCUAUUAGUUAUUUAAUAUAAAAAAAAAAUCACAAUCAAUGAUGAUCAAACUAAAAU